CCGGCUCCCACUGCUGGAACCCUUCAGCUUGUCAUAUCAGGCCAUGACUUCACCAGGAGCCUUGAACAUUUCUUAUCACUGUUCUUUUCACCCAAACAGUUCAGUGUGCACCAGCCUAUUGUCUCCAACUUCCGAUGCCAUCUAUAAACAAUUCUGUGUAACAGGCAGCGUGGGAUUUUUGUUACCUUGGACAGUUUAGAGAACAGGCCUCUGAUGGCCAGUUGGGUCUGAUUCUCACUGUUUUCCCUGCCCCAGGGUCAGGGCAGUGGCUGUGAUUGGGCCCCAGUGGCCUGAAGUCUAAGGGAGGGUGUUAAUUAUCUGGGCAGCUGGGAGCUGGCUUUAGUUCAGGUUAUAAAGGGCCCCAGAGUAGCAGUUUCCCUCCAGGCUGUGUUUGCUGCAGGCAGGCAGAAUGGGAUACAGCCUGGGCUUUGCCCUCCUGUGCUGGGCAGUCAGUGGGGUGUCCUGUUUCAAUCCCUGGGAUUUCUCUAGGAGUGACUCAGCCAUCUGGAGACCCACCCAGAGGGCUGAGCCCCCUCGCAGACAAGCCCAUGUGUCCUCUCUUGCCCAGCUCAACCCUUGGUCUUGGGUUGAUGCUUCCCAGCUCAGGGCUGUGUCCCUGCUGCAUCCUGUCAUGGUGCAGUGUGAGGAGGCUCAGAUGGUGAUCACUGUGCACAGGGAUCUGUUUGGGACAGGGCAACUGAUCAAAGCUGCUGACUUGAGCCUUGGCUCGGCUGCCUGCCAGUACAUGUCCCUUAAUGAUGCAGAGAACACAGUGACCUUUGCAGCUGGGCUCCAUGAAUGUGGCAGCAUCUUGCAGAGGGGAAAUGCCAAUCUUACUGUGAGUCUUUCAACAUCUGCCUCUUCUCAGAUGACCCCGAACUCUCUAGUCUACAGCACAAGCCUGUUCUACAACCCCACCCCUGCCAGCAACCCAGUGAUCCAGAGAACCAGUCCGGCUGUGAUUCCUGUUGAGUGUCACUAUCCCAGGAAGGACAAUGUGAGCAGCAGAGCCAUCAAGCCAACGUGGGUCCCCUUCAGCUCUACCCUGUCUGCAGAGGAGAGGCUGGAUUUCUCCCUGCACCUGAUGAAUGAUGAUUGGAGCUCUGAGAGACCCUCCAAUGGAUUCCAGCUGGGGGAGGUCAUGCAUAUCCAAGCUGAUGUCCGCACUGGGAACCACGUGGCUUUGAGGCUCUUUGUGGACAGCUGUGUGGCCACCCUGGGCCCAGACAGGGACUCCUCUCCCCGCUAUACUGUCAUUGACUUCAGUGGCUGCCUGGUGGAUGGGAGAUCAGAUGACACGACCUCAGCCUUCGUAUCCCCCAGGCCCCGGCAGGACACACUGCAGUUCAUGGUGGACGUGUUCAGGUUUGCAGGAGAUGCCAGCAACUUGAUCUACAUCACCUGCCAUCUGAAAGUCACUGCAGCUGAGCAAGCCCCAGAUGCCUUAAACAAGGCUUGUUCCUUCAACAAAGCAGACAACAUCUGGUCUCCAGUGGAAGGCACCAGACAGAUCUGCAGCUGCUGUGAGACUGGGAACUGUGGGCUGGUUGGAGGACAGUCCAGGAGAAUGAAUCCUCUGGACAGAUGGUCAGGGAGGCGCUUCCAGAGAGAUAUGCCCCCCAAGCAUGGUGGCUCCUGGGGGAGAGAAGAUCAGGCUGAUGUUGUGGUUGGACCAUUGUUCAUCCUUAAUCAAGGCUCUAAGGGUCCCUUAGAACACCAGGUGGAAGCACCACAGGGUGCUGCAGAGGAGCAGGGCACAAACUUGGGCCUGGUUUCCAUGGCAGCAGCCGUAGCUCUGGCCUGGUUUCCAUGGCUGUGGCUGUAGCUCUAGCCUUUCUUGUCUUAAUUGUUCUCCUAGGCAAAAAAAGUGAUUGUUUGCUUCCUUGGCUUUACUCUUGUGACUUCUCUAAUAAAACAUGUCAAUGGGA